GGUCUCACGUACGCUCGCAGGUUGCAGUGCAAAUGAGACCGCACUCCCCGAUCAGCGCCGUCCCCAAGCACCAUGCUGGACCCCCGCGAGACCUUUUCGGGCGUCAUGGGCGCCUUCUGCUGCGUGUAUGCGGGGCUUCCAUUCGAGGUGGUGAAGGUGCGCCUGCAGACGCAGGGCACUAAGAAUGCGUACACCGGUGUGACCGACGCUUUUCGCCGAAUCGCCACCGAGGAAGGAUUGUUCGCGCUCUGGAAGGGCGCGGUGCCGGCGCUGUCCAGCUCCAUCAUCGAGAACUCGGUGCUUUUCAGUGCCAAUGGAUUCGCGAAGCGCGCCGUGCUGGCACUGCAUGCUAAGCAACGCGCGGCGCACGAGGGUGAGUACCAGCUCACGACGCUGGACGAGGCCUUAAUGGGCGGCUUCUCUGGCUGCUUCUCCGCUACGGCCAUUACCGUGCCGGAGAACAUCAAAUGCAAGCUGCAGUUCCAACGCGGUCACUUGGGUGAAGGACGCUAUCACGGUCCUUGGGACUGUUUGGUGAAGGUGGGCAAGGAGGAAGGCAUCACUGGUCUGUUCCGAGGGUAUAGUGCACUGUUGCUGCGCGACGUACCGUUCAGCUUCUUCUUCUUCGGAUCGUAUCAAGCCUUCACUUCCGGUACGGCCAGGCUGUUAGGCAAAGAGUCCAAGAAUGACUUGAACCCUGCCGCUAUCCUGGCCAGCGGUGGCCUCGCUGGCGCGACCAGUUGGGCCAUCAUGUUUCCCGUGGAUGUGCUCAAGUCACGUAUGCAGACAGCGAGCUCAACGGGUCCGCUCUCGUUGCGUGGGGCUUUCCGUGCAGUCUACUCGGAAUUUGGCAUCCAUGGGUUCUACCGAGGUUGGUCGGCUGCAGUGCUGCGUGCGUUCCCGGCCAACGGCUCACUCUUCCUCGGCGUGGAGAUGACACACCGCGUAUUCCGUUGGCUGGACGCGAGGCACGCCGCCUAGAUCGAAGCCUAAUCGCCUAUAAAUUUCAGCUAUACAGUCGCGAGUGACGAGGAUGACCCUCAUAAAUAGCCAACUGCCGGUGCAGCAUUAGAAUAGUAGCGAUGACACUGGCCUAAUCUCAAUUAGAACCAUGCGACGAUGGUUGCAACGUCCAGCGUUCUUAUCUUCUUGCUUCAGAAAUA